AUGUCUUCUCCCUUUUCGAUCAACGGCGGCGCCGCUGUCGCCAUGGUCGGCAAGGACUGCGUCGCCAUCGCCUGCGACCUCCGCCUGGGCCUGCAAGCCCUCACCAUCUCCAACAACUUUCCCAAAAUCUUCCAGUACGGCGACGUCUUCCUCGGCCUGACGGGCCUGGCCACCGACGUCAGCACCGUCAGCGACCUCUUCCGCUACAAGGUCAACAUGUACCGCCUGCGCGAGGAGCGCGCCAUCGCCCCGCGCACCUUUGCCAACCUCGUCUCCUCCUCCCUCUACGAGCGCCGCUUCGGCCCGUACUUUGUGUCUCCCGUCGUCGCCGGCCUCGACCCCAAGACGGGCAAGCCCUUCAUCUGCGGCUUCGACAGCAUCGGCUGCAUCGACUUUGCAAAGGACUUUAUCGUCUCCGGCACGGCGUCGGAGCAGCUGUUUGGCAUGUGCGAAGGCUUGUGGGAGCCUGAUUUGGAGCCCGAAGCGUUGUUCGAGACCAUCUCACAAGCCCUCCUAAACGCCGUCGACCGUGACGCCCUAUCCGGCUGGGGAGCCCACGUGUACAUCAUCGAGAAGGACAAGGUCACCAAGAGGUUACUAAAGGGUAGACAGGACUAA